UAUAUUCUUUUCUUAAAGGGACAGUAUAGGGUUAUAAAUUGAAUGUGCUAUGCGAGUAAAGAGUAAACAAACAGGUGUAGAUCACCAGACUGAUAGCUGAGACUAAAGUGGCACAUUGCAUUAAACUUGGAUCUAUUUAUGACAACAACACAGUUUAUUACAACAUUAUGUUUCCUUUUUAGUGGAUAAAAGAGGAAGUUUCCCUAUAUCCUCGUUGGACGAAGUUCCUGGAAAAAGUAAGUUGAAAAACUCUUGUCAGAUAUUUGUGAUUCCACCAUAAGUUUCUAGUAAAUUGUAUGUUAAUUCUAAUUAUUUUCUAUUACAGUAAGAGAAAACCUGCUCUCACAACUUGAUACAUUUAAAGCAACACUGAGUGAAAUGAGAAAAAAAGCAGAGUUUUUACUGUUGCAAAAUGGAAUAACCCCUAAAACAGCAGCAGAAGAAAUUGAGAAAAAUACAGUAAAGCCACCGGACGCAGACAAUACGGAGGAUGUUGCUAACCCUAAUGAGGAGUUGUUCCAGAAUAUCAAGAAUUUGAAAAGAAGCCUGAAGAUGAACAGACUUCUUGCAGAGAGAUAUUAUGAGAUAUUCAAAGAAAAGGUGACCGAUAUGACGAACAAUAUGCAGACAACAGACAGAGACACAAUAGAUAAUCUGGCCGUCCUGUAUGUGGAAUAUAAAGAGGAACUGGAUGAAGUAAGGAAGUCGGGAAGUGUAUCUAGCUACAGACUUUAUGACCUUCCUGAAAAAAUGAAAGCAAGUGUUUUGGAAAGACACAAGAUAUUUACAGAGGCAAUGGAUGAAUUGGAAAGAAGAGGACUAGACGAAAUUAGGAAACAUUUGCCGCCCCCUGAAAUAGAAGAAGAUAGUGAGAAUUCUGCUUCUGGAAGAGCCAUUACAGGGACAGAAGAGAAAAAAGAGCUGAAAAAAAAAGAACCACACUCCCCCACAUUCGAUGAAUACUUCGACCUAAUAAUAGGAUUUGUGCUAAUUGGUGUAAUAUUGAUGAUCUAUGCUAUAUCACAAAUAUGUAUAAGGAUUAAGAAUCGGGAUAAAAAUACAGAUCAGGACUUAAUAUGAAGUGAAUCCAAGGACUGGUCCGAUUGCCCUCGAGGAGUCAGAAAGGAAUUCCAAAUUAGAGAGGAUUCAGAUUUUUUUUUUACUUUACUAGGAUUGAGGCAGAUUUCACUUAGACAGAAAGCUUGAAUUCAAUAAACCUCUAAUAAUAAUAAUAAAAAAAAACUUCAGCGUUUCACUAUUCUUUAAAAGGGAUGUUCAU